GAGAGAGGAGAAUUAAUCCCGCAAUGGUGCAGUGUAUAGCCAUCACCCAGUAAGACCAUGAAAAUCAAUCUGCCCAAUUAACACUUUACUAAAUACAAACAUGUUUUUUCCAGUUUUUUAAUUGACAUUGAAAUAUAUCAUUUCAGAAGCAAAACCCUACAGUGACCCUGUAAAGGAAUUCUGAUUUGCGUUCAUUUAUCAAUCAUGGCUGGAAGGAAAAGAAGGAAACUGAGAUCCAUUGAUGUUUCUAGGUUAGCUGCAACGAUCCCGAAAAAUGAAGGAGUUUCACACGACAAGAAUGAAGAGCCUGUGCAACAGAUACAAUCAGAACUUCCAAGAGAGAUUCUGGAAGUCAUUAUCGGUCGCUUGAACUUGAGAGAUAACAUAUGUGCUUCUUCUGUUUGCAAACUGUGGCAUUCUGUUGCCCUCUUUGUUCGAGUUGCAAAUAAACCUCCCUGGCUUAUGUUCAUUCCAAAGUUUGGUGAUCUAGUAGAAUUCUACGACCCUUCACUGCGCAAGACUUACUCGGUUGAGUUGCCCGAGUUGCGCUCCUCUAGACUUUGUUACACCAAGGACGGAUGGUUGUUGCUAUACAGGCCCAAAAAUCAGUGUGUGCUGUUCUUCAAUCCUUACACUAGGGAGGUGAUUAAUUUGCCAGAAAUGGACUUGACAUAUCAAAUCGUUGCAUUUUCUGCUGCACCAACAUCUCCUAACUGUGUCGUCUUUACUGUUAAGCAUAUCAAUCCCACAGUGGUCGCUAUUAGCACAUGUCACCCCGGAGCAACUGAAUGGGUGACUUCCAAUUAUCAAAACCUCUUGCCAUUUGUGAGCAGCAUCUGGAAUAAGUUGGUUUUCUGCAAUGGCUUAUUCUAUUGCCUGAGCCUGACUGGCUGGCUCGGGGUUUUUAACCCAGAAGAGCGCACUUGGGUGGUUCGAGUUCUGCCUCCUCCCAAAUGGCCUCAGAAUUAUUUUACCAAGAACUGGUGGAAGGGAAAAUUCAUGGCAGAGCAUAAUGGGGAAAUUUAUGUUAUCUACACUUGCUCUACUGCCAAUCCAGUGAUAUACAAGUUAGACCAAACUAAUAAAGAGUGGGUUGAGAUGAAAUCGUUGGGUGGUAUGACGCUCUUUGCAGGUUUCUUAUCAUCGCAAACAAGGACAGAUAUUCUUGGGGUGAUGAGAAAUAGCAUUUACUUUUCUAAAGUUCGUUUUUAUGGACGGCGAUGCAUAUCAUACUCUCUAGACCAUAACAGGUACUACCCACGAAAACAAUGUCACGAUUGGGGAGAACAAGAUCCUUUUGAGAACAUUUGGAUUGAACCACCUGAUGAUUUUUCAGCAUUUGUGUGAGCAGACUUAUGAAGCAGGUGGAUGCUUAUGGUUGUGUAUGUUUUCUAGAGCUGAAGUACAGUGCAGUGAUCCAGUAGAAUGGACAGAUGGGCACAAGUAGGAGAUCAAAUAGGCCUCUCUUUGGUGCUGAACAGAUAACCCUUAAAAAUGGCUCUUGAUGUCAAUUCUAGGACUCAUCAGAAUUGAUUCCCAGCAACUUCUCAUUUAAACAGUGUUUUUCCAUAGAGGCAAAUUUGUACAAGUAGUGCACUUGAGAUUCUACCCUUUUUCUUCAGACUUUGAAUUUCAUUACAUGGAGAUUUUUUCCUACUAAUGUAUUUGUGUAAUUUCAAUUUUUAUAUGCACAUACCUUGUGUAUUAUUUA